UCACGUUUGUUUAUCGUCAGAAAAUUAUCCGGCAAUGCGGCGCAUGAUGAACAUAACAUUGUAGUUUGUUUUUUUUGGAAUUUAAACUGAAAACGAUUCUUGAAGUUGUGUGUGAGAAAUCUUAAAAUUUCGACUGUUAUUAUAGCAAAGGGAACAACCCGCAAAUCAAUCCAAAAUGUCAACAAGCUCGUUAGCUUCUUGUACCAGCGAUGGAACUACUGGCAGUGGCCCCAAUGGGCUGCCUGUUAACAUCUACAAUGCGUCCAAAGACAUGACAUACGACAAGUGCCCCCGCUGCAAGAUACAGUACGACUGCAUUAAAAGGGCCAACGUUACGAAGAUCCCCCUUAUUUUGAAUUGCAAACACACAGUCUGUGAAGACUGCAUUAAGAGAAUGUGUUUGAGCAAUACUAUGAUGUGCCCCAUCUGUAAGGAAAAAUUCUCAGUCUUCAGAUCACAGAUAGAGUCAUUGUCAGACUUGUUUCAACCUCAUUUUGCACUUAUUGGACAGUUAGUGUGGGUCAAAAAUAGUACAAGUAAGAAGCCGAUGACUUGGGUGUCUACAGGCGUUACCUUGGGAAAUAGACAACAGAUGAGACAUCUAGGCAGUGAUAACAUUGAUGAAUUGGAUUUUGAAGCAGAAGCAAAUUCAGAAGAGAGUGACGAUGAUUAUGAGAAGGUUCAGUUGUCUCUGGUUUUUGAUAAAUGUGCUGAACACAGUGAACAAUUUGUUAAUAUUCAUUGUGAAGAAUGUUAUGCUACGUUUUGUUCAUAUUGCUUCAUUGAAAAUCAUGCAGGUCAUAAAGCCACUUAUUUGUAUAAAUUGACUGAUUCAGAAAUGACCCAGUUGGACAAACUCAAAACUGAUAUAGAAGUAGUGUUAGCCCAGCUGCUGGUAUCCAAAAAGAAAGUAAAGCAAUUGAAGACAUUCGACAUCUCGGAUGUCGAGCAAGAUAUCAAAAGUUAUUUUGCCGAAUUGCACGCUAAACUGCAUUUAGCAGAGCGUAACAUCAGGAAGAGACUCUCGGCAAUGGACCCAGAAGUAGCUGAUUUAGAUGUCAUUAAUACUACACUGAAGUCAGGGAUACAUAGAGUCACACAGUUGCUUAACCAUUUUAACAUGAUCAACACCAGACAACUGAACGUGAGAGCCCUUUUCGAGGAGGCUCAAGACGUUAAAGACAUUUCGUGCAGACUGGUUUCUGAACAAGAAACGUUGCGGCCUAUUGAAUUUGUAGCGGAUGUUUUUGAGGAUAUCGAAGACGUUGUGUGUUUGAAAAAUAUUUGUUCCGUAGAGUACAGUUUACUUCCAAUCGAAGAUUGGAGUAAAGCUCAAGAAAAGUUUGAAUUAGAACAAAUACGGCGAAAAAGCGACUCACAGAAAACUGAACCCAUACCCGAAGCACCUACCGCGAUAGUUAAAUCUUUCAAGCAUGUCGAAAACCAAGCGAAAAAGUUCAAUGAAGGUAAAAUUCGAGUUGUCGUUACGCAUAUUAACGACCUCAAUAGUUUCUAUAUACAAAAAUACACAACUCUUGAUAGUCUCAAAGAAAUGAACGGAGCUAUAGGGAAGAGAGGUCGGAAGAGAGCAGGCAUGGAAGAAUUCAAAAAAGGAGGAAUCUAUGGUGUUUCAUAUCAAACAAAAAAUUCUUGCCAUUGGCGACGAGGAAAAGUCAUAGACAUCUUUAAUAAUGGAGAGAAUAUUAUCUACAAAGUAAAUUUCAUUGAUUAUGGAAAUAGUCAAAAUGUAACCAAAGAUAGGCUAAAAGAAUUAGAUUUACAUACAGUUAAACGUCCACCUUUUGCGUUCGAAUGUAAAUUAACAAAUCCUGAAGCUAGAGUGUUUGAUGACAAAGUUCAUUUACUUCUUCCCCAAAUUAUUGGCCAAAAAGAAUUGUAUCUUACUUUCAUGCACCCUCAAAGUAGCCGCGUUACGGUAUAUGAAGUGGAACUGUUGGUUGCUGCUUCAAACGGAGGUUUUAUUUCUGUCAGAGAUUUAUUAAACAAUACAUCACCGCUGGUACCAGACGCAAAGGAUUCGCUUCUACUGACUGAACUAAAAUUGUUCAAAAACGGUAAAAGAUUCACAGUGGGACAAGAAGAAACCGUUGUGGUUACAUACGUGAGAGAUCCAUUUUAUAUAUGCGUACAACUGUCACACAAUGUUAAAAUUCUGCAAAAAAUGCAAGCUGACUUGGAAAAGUUUUAUAAAGACACGCCCGUUAUUUCUUGUAUCCCCGUAGUUGACAGUGAUGUGAUAGUCAAAUACAGCGACGAAUUUCAAGGGAAUUGGCAUCGGGCGAAGAUCAUAUCUGUCGACGUUGCGUCUAAAAAAGUUGGCGUAUUUUUUGUAGAUUGGGGUCAAAGUACUGUGGUAUCGUGGUCUAAUCUCAGAUUAUUGACAGAGAACUUUAUCAAAGUGGAAUGUCAGGGCAUCAUUGUUAAACUUAGCGAUAUUGAAAGACUAGAUACAUCACAAAAUUGGACUGAGGAGGCUACAGAUUUUCUCCGCGAACAACUGAACAAAAAUAAGGAAUGCCGAAUGGUUGCUAGUGGUGUGGAACCACUUCAGGUGGCUCUGUUUCAGUUGUGUCCGUUGUCAGAUAUUUGCUUGAAUUCGCUGUUAGUGGAAUCCGAGCAUGCCAUUUCGACCGGCACAAUCUCGCAAACAGUGUUUUGGCCCCACGCGAUUCAAGAGCUUCCCCAGGACGAUGAUGACAUGUCAUAUCAAAUGAUGAAAAAGUCGGAAGAGGUUAUCAUGGACGGAUACGAAGAUAUUCAUUUAAUGACAGGAUUAAAACUACAGGUUUACGUGAUUCGUUUUGAUAGUCCCGAUCUCAUUUACAUAAAAUUUGCCAAAUAUAAGGAAACCGAAGACGAAAUGCACAAAGAAAUGCAAAUACACUAUUCAAAAAGCAAACUCAAAACAAGAAGUUCUUGGAAGCAGGGAGAGCACUGUAUCGUAUUCGAUGAAGAUCACAGUGAUUAUUUCAGAGCUGUGAUUAAAUCCGCAUCUGAUAGUAACAACUACGUAGUUUACCUCUACGACCACGUCAGGGAAUUAAAAGUCAGUAAAAAAAUAAUCUUCGAACUGGAUCCGUAUUUUCGCAGUUACCCAUGUUAUAUUUGUAAAUGCCGUUUGACUAACAUCAGACCGGCUGGAGAUCCAGGAAAAUGGAGCCAUACAGCUAUAGAAAUGCUAGAAAAGAUCUUUAAUACGUACACCACAUUUCAUGUUAAGAAAAUCGAGAAGAAUACUAAUGACAAAAUGAUAGGUGUGAUUAUGUGGUACAGUGUAACGACUCCAGCGAAAGCUCUUCAGCCUGCAAAGAUUAAAUACGUUUCCAUAAAUCAGUCCUUGCUUGAAAGUGGACUUGCUUUUAGUGCAUCUAGUCUAACAAAUGGACCGUCUGCAGGUACUGAACCUAAUAAUUGUGAUGAUAGUGAUAUUGAGAAAAAUAAGAAACAGAACUGGUAUGACAUAAUCUGUGAAGAUGAGCGGUAUAAAGACGCUGACAAACCGGAUAUGCAUGACAUGUCUCAAGUAAAAGAAGAAAUUUGUAUAAUUACGCAACAGAGUUGGCCAAAACCUUUUAAAUUUAAAAGCAAAGAGUUCGAUGCUACUUUGACAUGUGUUGUUGAUCAAGGAAUCUUCUUAAUACGUACUGAAGAUGUCCAAAAUCUAUACUUGGACGUAGAAACUGAGAUGAAUGAUGCAUUCGAAUCUGCGACGUUAUUAUCUAAUGCAAAUAGUACUUGGAAAGUCGGCGAUAUGUGUACAAUCGCGUACGAUGGUAAAUGGUACAGAGGAUCAGUAUUAGAACUGUUAGAGGAUGAUACAGUUAGUGUAGAGAUGGUAGAUUUUGGUAGCGAACACGUAGUUCCUAUAAAAAGUUUAUACAAAAAUAUAAUGUUUCCCGAUAUUCCAACUUUGGUUAAUAAAAUACAGUUAUACGACGUACAUUCCAGUUACGGUCAUUGGAGAGGCGAAGACGUAGACAAAGUGUUGAGGAUUGUUACAGAUCAGGUGCGAGUUGAAAUUAAGGGUGAUAAGGACGUUGAAGUGCCGUUGGCGGAAAUCUACUUAGACAAUGGCUUAAGCUUGAAUGACAUGAUAACACAAGUUUGUCCACAUAUGAAACGUCGAGAGUGCAGUGUUGUUCUGGGCAGCGUUGACGAUUUGGACGUUAGCGUCGACGACAUGAGCAAGGAUGCCACAAGUGAGAAAACAAGUGCCAAGUUAAAUGGUGGAUAUACCUACGUUUGGGUGCCGUCGUCGUUUGAUGAAAAGCAAAAAAUGUUUGUUGCUGGAAUUUUAAAAUGGGAUCUCACUUACAACGUGGUUUUAAGUAGUGCAGAAGAUAACACAAAAACACCAGAAUUCAUUCGAUUAUGUGAAACGGUUCAGAUGCAUGUUGGAAAUCAAGCGAAUUUAUCAAAAAUUGAAAUAGAUACUGCGUGUAUUUGUCUUCACCCCCAGAAAAAUACGUGGUGUAGAGCUAUGGUUUAUGACGUUGAUAGUUUGAAAUUUGGAUUUGUGUUGGCAUUCUUUGUUGAUUAUGGUAUGGUAGAAAUGGUUCCUAUCUCUAGUUUAAAAGAAAUUCGAUCUGAUUGGUUAGAAUUUCCUGUUCAUAUGCAAAUUGCUGCUAUAAAUGUUCAAUUAUUGCAAAACAACCAAGCAGAAUACAUGUUAGCGCAAUUAAAUAAUUUACAUGGUAAAUCUGUUUUAGUAGAAGUAGUGACAGAAGUACCGUUAAAAGUUCAUUUGUAUGAUGACAAAGCUUUGUGUUAUCAAAAAUUCCUUGAUAAUGGUAUUAUGAAAGCAUUGUAGGUUAAAAAUGAUUUUCCGUGUACAGAAUUUUUUCUUUGUCUUCUUUAAGGUUUGAAUGUUUUUUUACUUUUAUUUGUAUUUAUAAUAAUAUAUUCUUUUUUGUCA